AAGUGAGGGGGUACGCGAAUGGAGGCCGUUGAUGUUUCCGAGCCGAAACAAUCGAGUCUGAAAUAAAUGAGUGAAAGUUAAAAAAAAGCCCGUGAUUGUUUAUCUUCCGUUAGAGCGCGUCAGACCUCACAUACUCGUGCAGCUGUGUCGGUGGAGGCCGUGUGUGUGUCAGGAUAUCGUGUUUGUUGAUCUGCUGUUAGAGGCCCGGAUUCACUCUCUUUAACAAGCAGGGAAUAUGAGACAGAUGCCACAAUGACGUCUAGAUUUGGAAAAACAUAUAGCCGAAGGGGAGGAGAUGGGACCUCCAAGUUUGACGAGGUGUUGUCCAAUAAGAGGGCAACGCUCAGCACCAAAUGGGGCGAGACGAAAGCCAAGGUGGGAGCGAAGAGGCCUGGCUUGAAGACUGAUGUGUCCGAUCAGACCAAGAUGUCUAAGGUACAGGAAGGUGACGGCUCAGAGGAUCCGUUCGGGUUUGACAGUGACGAUGAAUCUAGGCCGGUCACGUCUCGUAGUGUGUCCCAGUCCAAGGCCAAGGUGACGUCCACAGGGGGUUUCCAGGCCAGCUUGACCCUGGAGCCCAACAGCAGGGUGAACCAGCCCGCCAGUGUGGAGGCCGUGGCACCCAGCAGGGUCCCGUUCACUCUCAGCACUGACAGAAGUGCUCACAAAGUGCCAGAGGAUCCUGGGAAGUUCUUCAACACUUCUACUACUGGAAAUACCCUGAGUUGGUCCAUGGAGAGCACAGACCAUCACAGCUAUUCAUGGUACAAAAACCCUUCUGAAAGUGACACGAGACCUCUAGCACAGACCGCCACAUUAAAGUCUGAGAAAACAGAGGACAAGGAUUCCUAUGAUGCCUGGAGUGCUCUUGUCGGUCUCGGGGCACGCUCCACAUCCCUCUUCACCGGUCCCAAAAACCCUUCGUCUACCAUGUGGGCGUCCAGUAGUUACAGUCACAGCAGCAUUCAGGACAAAACUGCCACUGAGACUCAGUUAGACGAGCUUAGCCAAGGGGACUUUAAGGUUCCCGUCGAGCCGUCUGAAAGCGAGGACCACUCGCAGUCGCUGCUCAGAGCCUCCAACUGCAGAACGUACUGUAGACCCAGUAAAGGCAAACAGCCUGGAGGAGCCGAUGGGAGUGGAAGCGCCUCCGAUUGUGGCUCUGUGGGGGUGUUGCACAACAGCGGGGAUGAGAGCGCUGUUGAGAUGAUGGCAAACAGAGGUCGGACGAGAGACUACACAGUGCUGAACCCGUCCUGUGUGUCGAUGUUUAACGUCACCUUCCAAGGCUCCAUGGACCGCAGUAUGGAGGAGUACACAGCCAGCGCCCCAGCUGCUAACCCGGCAGAUGCAGGAAGACUGAAGAAGAAAGCAGAAAUGGAGAGCAAACAUCUCAGUCGAUCCAGACCCACACAGAGCAAAGUGAAGAGCAGUAAACUGGAGCUUUUUGGGUUUGAUGAUGUCGACGCUCUGGCGGAGGAUGACGACGACUCUGCUUCAGGAAGCUCCAACUACAGGAUUAAAUACUUUGGCUUUGAUGACCUGAGUGAGAGCGACAGUGAAGAUGAAGAGGGUUCCUCUGAAAGGAGGAAGGCCAAGAGGAAGGCUGCUGUGGGCGUAGUGGGUCCAUUGAUUUCUAUAGAGACGAAUGUGGACAGUUCUUCACCCAGAGAGACACAGAGCAGACACACAACAGCUCAUGGUCACAGUCUCAAACAUGUUUCAGAUCCUCUGGAGUUCCCAGAGGUCCAUUUCCCCUCCCUGUCUGAGACAGUGAGGAAACCUCAGGUCAAAGCUCAGGAGAAAUCCAAGGACAGCAGCAGGAAGAUCUUCAGUGGACCCAAGAAGUCUCCUACUAAAGCUGUGUAUAAUGCGAGACACUGGAAUCAUCCAGAGCCAGAAGAUCUGCUGCCUCCACCUCCAUCAGGAUCUAAAGCUCCUCCAGCCGCUUCAUCAGGAGACAGUAAAGAGUCAAACUCACACAAGGAUGACGGUGUAUUCAAAGCUCCGGCCCCUCCUCCCAAAGUCAUCAAGUCUGUCACUAUCCCCACAGAGCCUUACCAGGACAUGGUCACGGCGCUCAAAUGUAGGAAAGAACACAAGGAGUUAUACACUGUUGUCCAGCAUGUGAAGCACUUCAAUGAUGUGGUGGAGUUUGGGGAGAAUCAGGAGUUCACCGAUGACUUUGAGUAUCUUGCCACUGGUCUGAAGACUGGUCAACCCCUCAACACACGCUGCCUUAGUGUUAUUAGUUUGGCCACGCGGUGUGCCAUGCCCAGUUUCAGGAUGCACUUGAGGGCUGCUGGGAAAGUGGCUAAUGUCUUUAAAACUCUCAGUGAUGCACCUCAACACACGAAUUUAGCUCUGUGUACAGCCUCUCUGAUGUACAUUCUCAGCAGAGACCGCUUGAACAUGGACCUGGAUCGAGCCAGUCUUGAUCUAAUGAUCCGAUUACUGGAGUUAGAACAGGACAAAUCCACAGCUGAUCAGCUGACAGCAAAAGAGAUGAACAAAGUGAAAGAAAAGAUUCGCAAACUCUGCGAGACUGUUCACAAUAAGCAUCUGGACUUGGAGAACAUCACGACGGGACAUUUAGCCAUGGAGACGUUGUUAUCACUGACGUCGAAGAGAGCGGGUGACUGGUUUAAAGAAGAACUCAGGCUUCUGGGAGGCCUGGAUCACAUUGUAGAUAAAGUGAAAGAGUGUGUGGAGAAUCUGAGUCAAGAGGAUGAUAAGGAGAAUCUAGUGGCGUCGUUAUGGGGCGCUGAGAGAUGUCUGCGUGUACUAGAGAGUGUAACCGUUCACAAUCCAGAAAACCAGGGCUACUUGAUCGCCUACAAGGACUCCCAACUCAUAGUGUCAUCAGCAAAGGCAUUGCGUCACUGUGAAGAGAUGAUUCAGAGGUACAGUCGCGAGGUAAACAGAGGUCUGUGUUCAUCAGGAACACUGCUGCCGUACUGCAGCAACAGUAAUGUGGGCAAAGCUGUAGAAGACUGUAUGAGAGCCAUCAUCGGAGUCCUGCUCAACCUCACACAUGACAACGAAUGGGGCAGCACAAAGACGGGCGAGCAGGACGAGUUACUCAACACGGCUCUGAACUGUGUGCUCAGGGUGCCGCAGUACCUGCCGCAGGAGCAGAGGUUUGACAUCAGGGUCCUGGGUCUGGGCCUGCUCAUUAAUCUGGUGGAGUACAGUGCGAGGAACAGACACUGUCUGGUGGAGCUGCAGAUGGAGGGAAGUGAAGUCUGGGACUCCAUGUGUGUUUCUGAUAAAGACGAGCUGAAGACUGAAGGUUCUCCCAGUGCCAUCGCUGCUCUCGUGAAGCUUUUCCUGCAACGAGAGCAUGCGGCCGUGUUGGCAGAGGCGGAGACUGAUGAUUUCAUCAAUGAUGCACCCAAACCCCAGUUGGACCAAAGUGGAGAGUGGCAGGAGACCAAUGAGGAGAUCCAGUGGGUGGCAACAGAAAACAACAGCACAGAAGAUAAGAAGAAAGAAGAGGAGGAUGAAGAACUAGAUCUUAAUAAAGCUCUUCAGCAUGCUGGCAAGCACAUGGAGGACAGUAUCGUGGCAUCGUACACUGCACUGCUUUUGGGCUGUCUCUGCCAGGGGAGCCCUAUGAAUGUGACUACUGUGAGGGAAAACCUGCCAAAAGGGGAUUUUUCAGUCAUGACAGAAAUGCUCAAGAAGUUCUUGAAUUUCAUGAACCUUACAUGUGAUGUGGGCACUGCGGGCCAGAAGUCAAUCUCCAGAGUCAUUGAUUAUCUGGAACACUGCUAGUGUGAUCAUGGAGAUUCAUACACAGACUUCAGCACACACAUACCUGAAAAAGCAGUAUCUUCAUUACUCAGACUCGACAGAAUGAAGCUUCAAGCACAUCAUACCCUGAACUUCAUUAAAAGAAGCUCUAUUGAUUUUGAGUUUCUUCAAGUGUUCGUUGCAUUGAGUGAUGGAGAACUGUGUCACUUCUAAAGUCCUCCUUUAUACCUCUGCUGAACUGUUGCCGUGUAUUUUCACUUUCACCGCUGCAGAAAUUGAGAGUAGCUUUGAUAAAACUUUGUUAAAAGCUGCUCCCUCCCUGCUGUUUUUCUUGUUAUUCCACUAUAACGUCUGUCAAUUUCCGAGUGCUCGACACUGACCCCAAAGAUUGGAGGGUGAAUCUAAAACACCAUUCAAGAUUCUGGUUCUCUUUGAAACAGCAGAAUGACCUGCCCUCCUGGUUCAAAUUCAUUCUCUACACUUCAGUAUGUGCUCCUUUUGUGUUGCAGAAGAUCGUUUUUAAUCCAUAGUGCCGUGUCAAAGGUGUACGAAUGAUUAAAUUACGUCUCUCUUUAUUUUCACGAGGGCAGGAGAGGGAUGAAGCGUUUUUAGAAUGUUUCAGUAGUCGUGACAACACAAGUGUUUGUGCCAAUUGCCAUAAUGGUGGCAGUGGUAAUUGUGGAGGUGAAGUCAUUAUCAACUCUCAUUUUCAAACCUUAGUGGCCCAAAACUGCCAUUUAAAAACCAUUUUGAAAAUGCCUUCGAAUAAUGCACAAUACAUGAGGAUGAAUUCUAAUCUGUUCUGAUUACAGUGAAUUUGAAUACAUUAAUAGGUGUUUUAAAGCCAGGACAUCUUUUGGGUAUGGGUCAUGUUUAGAUAGUAACCAAGUUUAUUUCAGUUAGGGUGAACACUGCAGCAGGACACCAUUAAACGAAGUUCAUGAAUCUUAUGAGAGUUUCACAGAAUGAUGAUUACUAUCUAGAUAACCAAGAGUUGCACCAAACCUCACAUCAAACGUUCACCACACUUUUAACUCGUUUCUGGAGUGUGUCAAACUAAAAUUAUACAUGAUCCAUUUUUAGUGCAAGACUGAAUUAAAGGAAUAUUCUGGGUUCAGUACAAGUUCCGUUCAAUCGACAGCAUUUGUGUCAUAAUAUUGAUUAACGCAAAAAUGAAUUUCAACUAGUUCCUCGUUUUUCCAGUGAGACACUUCCAAUGGAAGUCAAUGGGGUCAAUCUGUAAACAUUAAAAUACUCACUGUUUCAAAAGUAUAGACACAAGACAUGAACAAUAUGUGUGUUCACAUGAUUUUACUGUCAUAAAAUCACUUACUAACCACAUCUGUGGAAACUUAUAGACAAUUCGUAUUGUUUAUGUCUUGUGUCUAUACUUUUGAAACAGUAUUUCAACGAGUAGAAAAUAUUUUCUGUGUUAAUCAACAUUAUGACACAAAUGCUGUGGAUUGAACUGAACUUGUACUGAACCUGAAAUAUUUCUUUAAACACUUGACAUCUGUUGAGGCCAGUAGAUUUCAGUUUCUUCAUAAGUUUGUUUUCAUAAGUGUUUUAAUGGUGUCAAAUGCUCAGACAUUUGCUGCUGUUGUGCAUAGACUGAAGUAAAGGUUACUGUUUUUAAUGUGCACAAUGCUCAUCACAGGUUGGUAAAACAAGCUGUUUUUUGCUAAUUCAGGCUUGUAUGCAUUUAACUUUGAAUCAUUUUUGGUUUUCAUGUAUAUUUCUAGCGGUCAUUUUUUUCCCACUGCUGAACGGCUGAUUUUCACCCUGUCACACUGAGUCAUGUUGGGUAUUUUCUCUGUGGGGUCAUGGGCUGAUUCAGGUCACUGUGUGUGUAUGUGUGUGUGUGAGAGCUCCAAAUGUUGCCGCAGGACUGAAUUCACACGGCUGGACAUGAAUGAAUCAACAUGAACUGUAAAUACUCAUGUAAAUAUUGUGCUGUUGGAGAACUAGAUAGACUACUUUUCUGAAUCCAAUCUUUUUUAUUUUAUACUGCAUUUUUCUCAGUUGUGUUCUUUGAGGUAAGAUUAAAGAGUUAUCGAAAAGUCAGCUGCAGGAACAUUUGUACCAAUUUCAGAAAUAAUGUCUUUGGUUACUUGUAUAUAAUUUUACUCGAAUAAAAAUGGCUACUUUCA